UUAUGAGUUGACUCCUGUGUUUGUUCAGGAUGACGAAUCUGAGGACACUGACCGUGCUGCUGGGAGCUGUGGCCGUGGUGAGGGCGCAGGUCCCGGCCUUCGGCUGGUGCCCGGACUACCUACCUAAGGCCGACUUUGACAUGGAUAAGUACCUGGGGACAUGGUACGAGGCAGAGAGGUACGUGUCCGUGCUGGAGGCGGGCAGCCGCUGUGUCCGCACCGAGUAUACGGCAGCGAAGGACGGCAGGAUCCUGGUCGCCAACGAGAUCCAGAAUAGACUAACUGGUAUCAAGCGAAUCCUGAACGGUGAGAUCCGUAGCAUCCCCAAGGGUGGCGCAGACUCCAAGCUGAGCGUCAAGUAUUCGACCCUGCCCUACCCUGUGGAGACCUCUUACACGGUUCUGGACACCGAUUACGACACCUACUCUGUGGUCUGGUCCUGCUCAGGCCUCGGUCUUUUCAACACCCAAAACGCCUGGGUGAUGACGAGGGAGAGGAAUCCUUCAGUGUCCACGCUGCAGAUGGCCUACGCUGUCCUGGACAAAUACAAGAUCGGCAGAACCUUCUUCGUGAAGACGGACCAGACUGACUGCCAGAUCGCCGAGCCUGCGGACAACGUUGUGGAUGAAGAGUCGGAGAAGUCGGCGGAGGGUGUCCCCGUCGUCGAGGAAGCUCAGCCCGAAGUAGAAGUGCCCGCCAAGCCUGUGGAGGCGGUGAAGCCCGUAGAACCCGUGAAAGUGGAGGAUGGAGUCAGGAAGGAGGGAGUGGUGCCCGAGGCGGAGAAGCCCGUGGAGGUAGCCCCAGCCCAGCCCGUGAACGAAGUAGACCCCGCAAAGCCCUUGAAGACUGUUCCUGCCAAGAGUCCGUGAUCGACCCUCUAUGACGGCAAAUAGUCUCUCUCCGGGCAUCCCCCCCUCUCACCCACCUGGCGGUCCUCAGGAGACAGUCGUAUUUGCAAUGGCAGGAUUUUAACUUAUUGUGCAUAUUAUUUAUUGUUAGUUGUUUUGUAAUGUAAAUUAGAUUUUAAGUUUUAAAA